GUAUGAGUUAACUUGUUGGCAUAAAGAUUAAAUGUAAAGUAUUUUACGUCAUUCUCUGAAAUAAAAUAAAAUAGUCGAAACAAAUCUAUUGUGUCGUAAUAAGGUUAUCUUCAGUGCUAAAGACAGUACAGUUUGAGAUAUUGUAUCUCGAAUAAAGAAAGCAUAUCAAAAACCAUUGCUACACUCCUAUUGACCUGUAUGUGAUGAACAUAUUGUUGGAAUUGGAUAAUAGUUCGGAAUGGUGGUGAAAAUGUGUUCGAUGUGUUGAAAAUUUCCAAGUGAUUAUGAACAACAAAAAAUAUCUCAGGGCACAGGUCAAUGUCUGCAUAUUUUGUUUAAAUAUUAAGUUUUAUUUACUUUUCGGGUACACACUAUCGGAGACCUCCGGCCAUUUAUAUUGGAGAGUGACUUCAUUUCUAUUCGAGUUGUGUUUGUAACCAAAUGUGUGUAUGUGUAACGUUAACAUGUGGGAUUGGAAGUCUGUCUUAAAGGAAUAUGAUUCUACAGUUUAAGAGUAGUGUCGGCCUAAUGGUAUCAGCGUGAAAAUUUCACACAAUUUCGGCCUUGCUUGCACAAGGACUAUCUGGCCGCAUAAAAAUCUCGCUCGUACGGCGAAGGAAGACAUCCAGAGGAAACCGAAUAAAAAGAGGCUAGCAAUGUCCAAGCUAACUCUGGACGGCUUUUUUUCGUACUGCAAACAAAUAGCAGAACACAUCCAGUUGGGCGACAGAAUGGCAUCACUAUCCGGUAUGGGCACACCAAAACUCACUUCAGGCGUUGGCAACCUGUAUUAUGACUCGAUCCUUCCGUAUCGCGAAGACGCGAGCCCACAGACACGAGAGUUCCUAGCGCGAGUGGUGGACGUGCUUCUCGAUUACAUACAGCAAGUUAAUGACAGGAACGAAAAGAUCUUGGAGUUCAAAAUGCCGGAGGAGAUGCAAAAGAUGGUAGAUCUGCAACUGCCGGAGAAUCCACUGCCUCUCAAGCAACUGCUGGAAGACUGCAAGAUCACCCUAAAACAUCAAGUUAAAACUGGACACCCACAUUUCUUCAAUCAGCUGUCAUGUGGCCUGGACAUUAUCUCCCUCGCUGGAGAGUGGCUGACGGCCGCCGCAAAUACCAACAUGUUCACCUACGAAAUUGCACCUAUUUUCAUUCUCAUGGAAAAUGUUGUCCUCGAGAAAAUGAGGAACAUGAUCGGCUGGAAGUCCGGCGACUCUAUUCUCGCUCCAGGUGGCUCCGUAUCCAACCUGUACGCGUUUUUAGCGGCCCGUCACCACAAGUUUCCUCAAUACAAAGAGAAGGGACUGUCCAGCAUUCCCGGACAACUAGUCAUGUUUACUAGCGAUCAGUGCCACUACUCGGUGAAGUCCUGUGCGUCUGUUGGCGGUUUAGGCACGGACUACUGCAUCUGCGUUCCGUCCGACGAACGCGGCCGCAUGAUAGCCUCGGAACUUGAAAGACUCGUGAGAAAACAUCGUGAUCAGGGACAUGUGCCAUUCUUCGUGAACGCGACCUCCGGCACCACAGUCCUGGGUGCCUUCGACCCUCUUACGGACAUCGCUGACAUCUGCCAGAAAUACGACAUGUGGAUGCACGUUGAUGCUGCCUGGGGUGGCGGUCUUCUCUUCUCCAAAAAGUAUCGGCAUCCACGACUCACUGGCAUCGAAAGAGCUGACUCCGUCACAUGGAAUCCUCACAAGCUGAUGGGAACACUGUUACAAUGCUCUACCGUGCAUUUCAAGUAUGAGGGCAUCCUGCUAAGCUGUAAUGCAAUGUCCGCUGAAUAUCUGUUCAUGACGGACAAGAUCUACGAUCCGCGAUUCGACACCGGCGAUAAGGUCAUUCAGUGUGGACGCCACAACGACAUCUUCAAGCUGUGGCUGCAGUGGAGGGGAAAGGGAACUUCCGGUUUCGAGCGGCUUAUGGACCGUCUGAUGGAGUUAUCGGAGUACAUGGUUCGUAGGAUCAGGGAGCAGAGUGACAAGUUCCACCUCAUUUUGGAACCAGAAAUGGUUAACGUUAGCUUCUGGUACCUGCCGAAGCAGCUCCGAGGUAUCUCUCAUGACCAAAACAAGGAGAUAAAACUUGGAAAGGUAUGCGCCAAGCUGAAGGGGCGUAUGAUGCAAGCCGGCACCAUCAUGGUGGGAUAUCAGCCAGACGAUCGCCGUCCCAACUUCUUCAGGAACAUCAUCUCUUCCGCCGCUGUCACGGAGAAGGACGUCGAUUUCCUUCUCUCUGAAAUGGACCGACUUGGUCACGAUAUUAUCGUGGAUUAAAUUUAACCAAGCAGGAUCUUAUAAUUUUUAUUUCGCUAUAGCCUCGUAUUUAACACGAGGAUUUUUUAUUAUUUUAGAACAUAAUAAAAAAAUGUAAUUACAUAUAUCUUUUUUAUGAUUGUUAAUAGGUUAUAUUUUAUCUUUGGUUAGUGUUAAGCAACAUUUUUAGAAAUAACAAAUAGGAAACAAUGAAAUUAUUUUACUAAAUCUGUGAUUUAAUUUUAAUAAGUUACUAAAGCCGUUGCAAGAAAUCUGUUGCAAGUUAGGAACGUGGUUACUAUAGUUUAUUUAGCUGUAAAAAUGUAAUUAUACGCUGUUGCAAUUAUUAUUAAUGUUUCAAGAUCUAGGUGUGAAAUAUAUUAUAGUAGUUGUAGAUUUCUCAAUGCAACGAUUGCUUUGAUGUCUUCCAUUUAAAAGAAUUUAAAUGUAUGAAAUUGUACCGUCUAUUAAAUGUUUAUCUAUUCUGUUGUAUUGACAAUGAAAGUAUAUCUAGAAAUUUUAAAUAAUAUGAAUUAAUGUUUAAUAACUAUUCUAACUUCAAUAAAUACUAAAAUAUUUAAAAAUAAUUGCUCCUUUGGACAUUCCUGAAAUGCCGACGAUCCGUAAGCUUAACACGAUGGCCGUAGCGAACAUACGUAGCACGUUACGGAAGUCGCGCUACGUCGCUACUAAUGCCAUCUAGUCGGAUUUACUGGAACUUUUUGGAUCAAUUUGGUAUAGAAAUAAAAACCGAAAAGGAUAUACUACCCUAAUUUUAGAUCAAAAGGGUAAAGUUACAAAAAGGCGAAGAUGAAGUUAAGUAAAUAUCAUAGUGAAUUAAUUUAAUCAUAUUACUUGGGUUAGUCAGUAUGUGUAUGGAAGAUGGAAGAUAGGACAGCAAGGUAUAAUAAUGUCCGUUUAAAAUAUUAUGGUUCUAGUGAACUCAGUCUUUCUAAUAAGUAAUAGUAAACAUGUAGAUGUGGUAAUCUUAAUCGGAUUAUCUAAUUACUAAUAUAGUAAGCAGAUAUAUGGAACAUAUCUCCCGUUUUGCCAAUUAAGUAUUUGUCAAGUUAGGUAAUCAAAGUAUUUUGUAAAUUAUAUUAGACGAUUUUUUAAACUGUUCUUCAACUCUAUUCUAUGUAUAUUUUUGUAUACUCUCGUUAAUCUAUUUAGUAAUUGUCGUAAAUUUUAUAAAAAAAAUUGUAGAACUUUUCUUUCUAAUAUUUUGUAUUUAUUUUUAAGUUUUAGACUUAAUAUAUUUAACUUCAUUAGCAUAAAAUAAGAAUAAUUUAAGUGUAUAUUAUUGAUGACGUGACGAUGACAAUAGAAAAUGUAGAAUAGGAAAUCUUGGGCUUCCCAUAUUUGUAAUAAAUUUGGAACAAGAUAUGUGGAGGUAAUAUACUGUGUGUCAAAUUAUAAAAUGAUAAUUGUAAAUAUGUAGACUGCGUUACUUUUAGAUAAAUUUUUUGUGAAGCCGAUUUUUCCAUUGUAGUGAUAUUUUGCUAAAAUUCAGACGGCUUAGAUAGAAUUUACUUUUUGGGAAUUGAUAUAAUUCCGAAACAAUGCAUUAAAAAUGCUUCUGCUUGUCCUAAUUCUUAAAUGUAAUUGUUAAUAAUGAAUACGGUAAUGUUUAGAUUAAGCCUCUAACCACUCUUAGCGGCGAAUAUAUUUUCAAUGUCAAUAUAGCAUAAUGUUUUCUUCCUUGUUCGUAAAUGUCAAAAUUACCUUCGACGCGCUGCUUUGGAAUGAAGGGAGUAAUUUUUAAACUUCAGCAUAAAUAAUAAUUCGAGAUAUUUUUAACAACUUCGCUUACAAUUUGAGAUUUCUCAAAUCCAAUACAUAAAACACAUUAAUCAAAUAGUUGUGUUAGAAUAUAAAAUCAAUUUUAUGAGCGCGGGUCGUGGGUAAUUUCGAUGAAUAAAUGUUGAGUGUUGAAAUGUUUAGUAGUGUAUAAAUGCUACAAACCCGACUUAUCGAGUUUUUGAUCACUUAUAACUUAGAUAAAUAUUAUUGUUGCUGAAUGUAAACCUGUAUAACUCAAUAAAUGAUAUUGUUAGUU